AUGGCUACGCAAGGACAUGGGGUAUGUUGCCGAAUCAAUGGCACUUAUCACAACUCUUCACCAGUUUGUAUGUGUCCUGAUGCAUGGUUGGCCAAUAGUAUCCUUACUGGAAGGCUUUGUGUGCCAACGAUCGAGAACUGGCAUGAUUGCCACAAACCCCACCGUGGAUCUCCCGAAGGACAUAGUCCCCUUGUUCGGUAG